ACCACUCACCUCCCGCUCCUUCGCCUCUUAAAACCUCCUCCAAACCCCAAAGCCCUAACGCUGUACCCCUUCAGCCUCCCUUCUUACGCGGGUCUGCGCUAAAUCGCUUCGAUGAAAUACGUCGCCCUGUGACAGGGUUUAGCGUCCUUGCUGUCGGCUUCGUUGCUUCGCAGGAGGUGUGGAGAUUGCACGAGUCGCUUCUUCGGCUCCUUCGUUGCUGUUCGACUUCGCUCCUUCGACGACUUUUCCUUACUGUCGGAUCGGACGUUACAACAUUUUGAUCUGAAGCAACGACGGGAGCUCGCUCGCUCGCUGUGAAGUUGCAGAUGUUGGUCCUAUUCGAGACUCCGGCGGGUUUUGCCCUCUUCAAAGUAUUGGAUGAAGGGAAAUUAUCCAGAGCAGAGGAUUUUUGGAAGGAUUUUGAGAGCUCUGAAUCAGCCAGACAGGUUGUUAAGCUGAAAGCUUUCAGCAAAUUUGAGAAUACAGCGGAAGCCCUGACUGCAGCCACCUUACUGAUAGAUAGCAAGCCAAGCAAGGGUCUUCGCAAGUUUUUGCGUGCUCAUUGUGAGGGUGAGACCCUUGGAGUUGGCGAUUCCAAACUAGGAAACGCUAUUAAAGAGAAACUGAAAAUUGAUUGUGUCCACAACAAUGCUGUAAUGGAGCUAAUGAGGGGAUUAAGAAGUCAGUUAACGGAGCUCAUAUCUGGGCUUGGCGUGCAGGAUCUUGCUCCAAUGAGCUUGGGCCUGUCACACAGCCUUUCUAGAUACAAACUGAAGUUCAGCCCUGAUAAGGUUGAUACAAUGAUUAUUCAAGCAAUAGGUUUGCUGGAUGAACUUGACAAAGAGUUAAAUACCUAUGCCAUGAGAGUCCGCGAAUGGUACGGUUGGCAUUUCCCUGAGCUUGCUAAGAUUGUACAAGAUAAUAUCCAGUAUGCUAAAGCAGUUAAGCUAAUGGGAAACCGUGCAAAUGCAGUGAACCUUGAUUUUUCUGAGGUUUUACCAGAAGAAGUCGAGGCAGAGUUAAAAGAAGCAGCUGUCAUAUCCAUGGGCACUGAAGUUAAUGAUCUGGACCUGGCAAAUAUAAGAGAACUAUGUGACCAAGUUUUGUCUCUUUCAGAAUAUAGGGGACAAUUGUAUGAUUAUCUUAGAAGUAGAAUGAAUACUAUUGCUCCAAAUUUGACUGCCCUUGUUGGGGAGCUUGUUGGAGCUCGCCUCAUUGCUCAUGGUGGCAGCUUAUUGAAUUUAGCAAAGCAACCUGGGAGUACUGUUCAGGUUUUAGGUGCAGAGAAGGCCUUGUUCAGAGCCCUAAAGACAAAACAUGCAACACCAAAAUAUGGGCUCAUCUUCCAUGCUUCAUUAGUUGGUCAGGCAGCUCCAAAACUCAAGGGUAAAAUAUCCCGGUCGCUUGCGGCGAAGGCCGCACUUGCCAUCAGGUAUGAUGCCCUUGCUGAUAACCAAGAUAAUUCAAUGGGGCUGGAGAACCGAGCAAGGCUUCGGAGGACUGGGGAAUCAAAUACACAGAAGCCUGUAAAUGGACAGGAAGAAGAAACUCAUACUAAGAAGAGAAAGCAUGAGGUGGAGCCAGGGCCAGCUGAAGAGGUGGCAGAAGGGGCUCAGGAUGAUAAUGAGGCAAGUGAAAAGAAGAAGAAGAAGAAAAAGAAGAAGGCCGAGGCAAAUAACAUUGAGGAUGCUGAGGUAGUAGAAGAGCCGGAGAAGAAGAAAAAGAGGAAGACCGUAGUAGAAGAUAUCAAUGAGGAUGGAGGUGCUGAAUUAGCGGAAGAGCAGAAGAAAAAGAAGAAAAAAAAGAAAUCAGAAGCUGAGUUGGAGAACGAUGAUCAGAAAUUUCAAAAUGGUGAUGAGGAACUAAGAAUUAAGAAGAAGAAAAAGGGAAGAAAGCACUCUGAAGGAGAUGAUUAUGCUAACGAAGAAGCCGAGGAACACGGAGAAACUGAGAAGUCCAGCAAGAAAAAAGACAAGAAGAAGAAGAAGGAAAAGCAGCGAGAGUGAAGUUGUUUUUGCAAUUUUGUUUGUUUAGGAUUAAUUUGAUUUUGGCCCUUCCAUUUACUGGCAGUGCUCCUGUUGUGGUUCGCUUUUAUGUAGAACAAAAAGUUAUAUUUAUUGUUUGCGUAUGUAGCAGAGAUGCCCCUCAGUUUUAUUUUAGUUGUAAGAUUUUUUAUUAAUUUUAAUUUUGCAUUUUAAUCC